UCUCUCUGUCUCUCAGAUCUCUAGUAGUAGCUAUUCGCGAAGAAUCGAGGAGGCUCUCGGAGAUGAAGCACCCGAGGCAGCAUGACGACGAGGUGUCGCUGGCGCUGGCGCUGAGCACGGACUCGUCGUCGGACUCGUCGGCGGCGCCGGGGAGGAAGAGGAAGGCGCGGCGGAGGAGCCACGUGGUGCCGACGUCAGGGGAAGGGGAGUUCGUCUGCAAGACCUGCGGCCGCGCGUUCCCUUCCUUCCAGGCGCUCGGCGGGCACCGGACGAGCCACCUCCGCGGCAGGACCAACGGGCUGGAGCUCGGCGCCGUCGGCGACAGGGCGAUCAGGCAGCACAGGGCCGAGAAGGAGCACAGGGAAAAGCACGAGUGCCACAUCUGCGGCCUCGGGUUCGAGAUGGGCCAGGCGCUCGGCGGACACAUGAGGCGCCACCGCGAGGAGAUGGCCGCCGGCGGCAUCGGAUCCUCCGCCGACGACUGGGUCUGGCGCUGCGACGCGCGGCCGGAGGAGGUCGCCGCCGAGACGCCGGUCUUGCUUGAGCUGUUCGCCUAGCCAGUUAAUUAGGUUCCAUUAAUUUGUUCCCAAGUUUUGAACUGACGGGUGCACUGUCUCGCCAUUGAUUAGUUGAUGUACAUCUCUACAACAACAAAAAAAAAAAACUGUAAGGCUUGAUCGAUCUUGUAAUUAUGGUAGGAGGUUUGAAUUUGUUCAUUUAGCGUGUGGUUUUUGAUUCGGUCA